AUGCCUCAAAUCCCUGCCAUCCACCCUGACGCCGACACUCCCCCUCGUUCCCCGCCUUGGUUGUCUGUCGCUGGCCACCCCGCACCCACCACUGCCGCCGAGGCGCAGCACUUCGUCAACCGGUUGCACCACCAGCUGGGCUUGCAAGUCCAGCUGUUCCUGAUGUUCCUGAGCAACAUCUGGUCGGGGGGCCUCAGAGCUGAACUUGAUGAUACAUUCGCGAUGCUCGUGUACAUCUACGCACAUACACCGGCGUGUGGCGGCGACUGGGACAUCAAGCUCCCGCCCUCAAUCAAGUGGCUCUGUACGGAGGAAGACCCGGCGGUGAUGUUUGAGACGUGGGUGCACAACGAGGAGAAGAUGACGUGGCUCCUCGACUAUCAGACCGCGUCUGGUCUCGACGUGGACGAUCAUGGCGGCAACGAGUGGUGGGAGGAAGUCUUCCGGCUAUACCAUGUUAGCUCCAGCCGGUCUCAGGGAUUGCAACGAAUGGACCACGUCCAUGUUCCACUCAUUGAAGGGAUCAACCUCAAACGUAAACAGCCACACGGAAACACCAACGAGCAAGCUGGAAAGGCACAAAAGACCGCAGAGGGGUCAACAUCGGCAGAUGGAAGGUCCAAAAGGACCAGGAAACCAACAGAGCAGACAGCAGGUGGCGAGGGCGGUGGUGAAGUAUCAAACUCAGAAGAGGCACUGGUGUCCAACAUGAGCAAGUAA